GGGAGUUUACGGUAGUUUCGCGGAUAGCUGUAGAAGGCAUGGAGGCGAUACUGAACUGCACAAAAGAAGAUUUGGAAGAUUAUUACGGGCUUCUCGGCUGCGAUGAACUCUCAACGACUGAACAGAUUGCCAGUGAGUUUAAAGUGAGAGCUCUGGCCUGCCAUCCUGACAAACACCCCGAGAACCCCACAGCAGUGGAGGAGUUCCAGAACUUACAGGAGGCUAAAGAGGUUCUCACGGAUGAGAAGAAAAGAAAGAAUUAUGAUCUCUGGCUCAGAAGUCGAAUUGCAAUCCCGUUCAGCGAGUGGCGAGCACUCAGUGACUCUGUUAAAACGUCAAUGCAUUGGGCCGUGAGGAGCAAGAAAGAAGCGAUGCUUGAGGCUGCAAAAGAUCCAGAUCCAGUGAGCGUGCACAAAGUGAAUCUGUCAGAGGAGAAACCCUCUGAAUCCUAUGAUUAUUGGCAUCACAGGUUUCGCUGGGCUGGUGAAGCUCCCUCAGGCCUUUUACAGAAGUUCAGGAACUAUGAAAUAUAAAUGCAUAUUUUAUCACAUUCGAUGCUUAGCUUUUGUGUGCAAGUGCAUGCACUCCAUAUAUAGAGGAAAGAAUCAAAAUGUCAUUAUUAUGCAUAACGUUGUUUUGUAGAAAGAUGAGAUAUAUUGACAUAGCAGUGAUGCUUUCUAUGCCUUAAAUGUCCAUUUUUUGUUGAAGUAUGAGUAAAAAACGUUUUCAAGCCUGCAGAUUUGUGCAAGAAAUGAUUAUAGAGUUUAUUUUAA